AUGGUUGCUUUCCCUAUGAUCGGCGCUGGCCCCUACGGCACAAGCCAAAAAUCAGCUCGCUCAAGCUCAACCGACGCACCAAAGCUCGAUGCAAUGGAAAUCGAAAAUAUUUUCCAACAAAUCAACUCCUCCCGAGAAGCCUCAGUAAAUUCCUCGAGCCGCUUCGGAUGGUUCUCGCGACACAACAAAUUCCACCGUCGCGGCAAAUCUGAAUCUAAGUAA